AUGACUUUCAUGCAAGAAAACAUAAAAGAAAAGAUUGAUUCUAUCGAUGCAUUGAUGAAACAGUUGGAAGAAAACAGAAACAUUUCUGUGGUUGACAUACUCAAGGAAGAAGUUCUUAAGCUUAGAAAGCUCAACGAGGAAUAUAGAAAAGCAUUGGAGGCCAAAAAAGUCAUGCAUAAGGAUCAACACCAAAACAAGACCAGGUAUUAUCUUAAGGAUGGGUCUACAUAUGUUGUUAAGAGCAAUCAAUACAGAUACCUGUAUGAUGCAAAAACUAAGGUGAUUACUUACGAGUUUUCAAACGGGCAGAUUGAAAAGACAUUUCCUUCGGGGCUAAGAGAGAUCAGAUAUCCGGACGGGAGCAUCGCCAUAAAAAAUGGCCUCAAAGACCAUGAAUACAUUAAAUAG